AUGGUUAUCGUUGAUCUGUACGAGAGCUUCUGUGACCAGCCUGAUCGUAGUCCCAUGUCCGGAGCUUUGUACUCUUCCUCCGGCCCAAUGAAAUCUGACUUUCCUACCUCGGGAGGCAAUGUCGAAUCCUAUUUUCUAAGCUCUCCACUAGGCAACAUCGGGGCCACUACAGCCUCCGCCAAUCACACCUUGGCUGGUUCCCCCAGUGCGCCUCAGUCACUUUCGAAUACUGGGCUUUCCAUGCCCGGGGGCAUUUCACACUCCUCGGCCGCACCUCCGCCCCCUCUGCCUCCUCAGCCUGGCUCUUCCGCUCUCCUUCUCAACCCUUCGCAAACGACUGGUGCCGAUCUUGGGCCAAGCCACCAUUCCACUCGUCUUCUUUUGGAUGAGGCUGCUCGCUAUUCCAGCACUGAGCGUCUCCUCGACGACAGACUCACCUCGGCCUCUGCCCUACACAGUGCCCUACGCGCCCAACGAAACGCACUGCGUUUAGGUCAGACACGCUUGCAUGGACUUACAAAGCAGUUUCCCGCCGUUCAUCGACUCAUAAAUCGUAUAAACUGGCGUAAACGACGCGAUACCCUUGUCAUCGCCGGUAUAAUCGUC